CUCGCCGCCGAGCGGCCUCGCGGUGCUGGGGAGUUCGGGCAGCACGGACGAAGGAGGUCCGCCAGCGGCUGCCCGAAGCGGUGGUGCCGGAGAGAGAAAGCUCGACGGGGGACGAAGACCUCGCUGCCGGGCUCCUGGGCCGAGCUGUGCGACCGCCGGUCCCCGCAUGCCUCACGGGGGAGCUCGGGAGCAUAAGAGGACGAGCGACCGGACCAUCGAGAGAGAGGACCCGGGCCCGGAAGUUAAGUGGAGUCAGUUUGUUUGGCCGGCAGUCGGCCGCGAGGGGCUGCCGGUCUGUUUUAUUAUUGUUUAUUUACUUUCACGAUUAAAAGUUUAUUGUUUGAAUGAUGCCGGUUCCCGCCUCCUUCCUUCCCUACAUUGAACUGUGUUACACAUACUAAACGAAAAGAACAUAAUCUUUUUAUUUAUAAUUAUUCCUCAUCAGUUAUCAAAAGGGUAAAGCAUACACGGACCUUCGCCCUAUCUCAAAACUUGCGUACACAAGCUGAGACCUGUCAUGAGAUUUGAUCAUAGCAACCGCUCACGUCCAUAUUGUCAAAUGCCAAGUUUUGCGUGGAAAUGACUGUUCGCCCAUUUUCGGUCGUACCCUCGUUUAAAAAAAUGAAGCUUUUCAGGCAUUCAGCGGUCCGCCUGAAACAAUUUCAGAGGCUCCUGCGAUACAUGGCAUCCUCGGCGGGGGUGGUCCCCCCCAGGUCGAUGCACAUGCGACCGCUCCAACACUGGCUACAGAUUCGGGUUCCUUGGAGAGCGUGGCACACCGGCAGAAGGCGUAUGGUCAUCACGCCUUUCUGCCGACGCACCCUAACCCCCUGGUCUCCCAUGACCUUCUUGCGGACAGGUGUCCCCCUAGGGCAGGGGUCAAGGCACGUCGUGGUGACAACGGGUGCCUCCCUGCAGGGUUGGGGUGCCGUGUGCAACGGGCACGCAGUGUCGGGGCAGUGGACGGGCCCCCGCCUGCAUUGGCAUAUCAACUGCCUAGAGUUGUUGGCUGUGCUACUUGCACUGAGGAGGCUACAACCUCUCUUGCAGGACAUGCACGUGCUGGUCCGGUCGGACAGCACAGCUGCCUUGGCAUAUAUCAAUCGUCAGGGUGGCAUUCGCUCACGGCAGCUAACACGACUCUCCCGGCGCCUCCUCCUCUGGAGUCAGCAGGUGAUCAGCUCCCUGCGAGCCACACACAUCCCAGGUGUCUUGAACCAGACGGCCGAUGCGCUCUCUCAUCAGUCGACGCCUCGCGGAGAGUGGCGACUCCAUCCCCGUGCAGUCCGCCUCAUUUGGGAGCAGUUCGGCCAGGCACAGGUGGACCUGUUUGCCUCCCCGGACUCCACCCAUUGUCUGCUUUGGUACUCCCUGAACGAGGCACCCCUCGGCAUGGAUGCCCUUGCGCACAGCUGGCCGUGGUACAAGCGGAAGUACGCCUUCCCCCCAGUGAGCCUCAUUGCACAGACCCUGUGCAAGGUCAGGGAAGAGGAGCAUCAAGUGGUACUAGUUGCGCCUUACUGGCCCAACCGGACUUGGUUCUCAGAGCUAAGGCCCUUGACAACAACUCCCCCUUGGCCACUAGGCGGCUAUACACCCAUAAGUGUCGCCUCUUCUCGUCCUGGUGCUCUUCUCGGGGAGAAGACCCGCGGAGUUGAUCGAUCGGGAACGUGCUGUCCCUUCCUCAAGAGAGACUGGAGAGUAACCUCUCCCCCCUCCACACUGGGAGUGUAUGUAGCCGCUAUGGCCGCUCAUCACGACUCAGUUGCUGGGAAGCCUCUGGGACUGCACUACCUGGUCAUUAGGUUCCUAAGGUGCGCGAGAAGGCGACCGCCUCAUCCGUGCUCCAUACCCUCUUGCGAUAGGUGGCGGGCCUCAAUAGCCCCUCCCCUUCGAGCCCCUCGGAGCUGCCGCUCUUUCUCACCUCACUAUAAAGAUGGCUCUCCUGAUGGCGCUCACCUCCAAGAGGGUAUGGGACCUACAAGCACCCUCCGUGUCCACAGAUUGCCUAGAACUCGGGCCCGGUGAUUCUCACGCUAUCCUGAGACCCUGUCCCGGCUACGUGCCCAAAGUUCCCACCACUCUCCCGAGAGACCAGGUGGUUAACCUGCAGGCGCUCCCUACCGGGGAGGAAGACCCAACCCCAUCCGUGUUGUGUCCAGUAUGCGCACUGCUCCUCUACUUGGAUCGCACGCAGAGCUUCAGAAGCUCUGAGCAGCUCUUUGUCUGUUUUGGAGGUCAGCAGAAGGGGAGGGCUGUCUCCAAACGGAGGCUAGACGCACUGGAUCGUGGAUGCCGUCGCUACGGCAUACCGAUCUCAAGAUCGCCCCUACCUGUUAGGAGUGAGGCACACUCUUCAUGGGCACUGGAUCAGGGCGCCUCUCUGGCAGACAUCUGCAGAGCUGUGGGUUGGGCUACGCCCAACACCUUCGCAAGGUUCUAAUAUCUACACGUGUCAGCCCACGUCCUGCAGGGCAACGUGUAGGACUGGCAGCCGGUAGGGCGUACGCCUGCGAAAGCCCUUCCCCCUUCCUCUAGGGGGAUCAGUGGCUAUUACGCCUCCCUUCUUUCCCCACUGGGUAAAGAACAGGCAUUCCAUCCAUCACUAAGCACCCUCCUGGGAGCAGGCUGGGCAGAGCAGCCCUGCCUCCUUAGGCCGGGGAACAGUUGAGUUAUCUACCACAUAGCUCUAACCGGACCUAGUGCUCCAGACAUGGUAAACGACUAGUUUAUGGUAGAUGACUGAAUAUAAUCAUACUCUGUUUCUGUAUAUUAGCUGUAGAAAGGCCGAUUUUAUACUGUUUUCCAUUUCUAACUGCACUGGUCUGUACUGAGGCCGCAUUUUCAAAACUUACAUCGUGAAUCU